GCAAAAACCUGUCACUAUUUCGUCAGAGGAAAAUACACAAACAGCUUCUGUGCUAGAGAUGGGUGUAGUUAUUUGCGGCCAGCUCCUGGCCGUGCUGAUUCUAUCCUCCGCCGCCGCCGCCGCGGCGGAUCCCGACGACGAGAGGUGCAUGACCCACCUGAGCGAGUCGUUACAGGAUCCAUUGAAGAACUUGCAGAACUGGACAACGGCCACGUUCGCCAGCCCCUGCCAGGGUUUCACCUCCUUCCUCCAAGGCGCCACCUGCAACAACGGCCGCAUCUACAAGCUCUCUCUCUCUAACCUCUCUCUCAAGGGGACAAUCUCCCCUUUCCUCUCCAAUUGCACCAAUUUACAAUCCCUCGACCUCUCAUCCAACCAGCUCGCCGGCCAAAUCGCACCGGAGCUACAGUAUUUAGUCAAUUUAGCCGUCCUCAACCUCUCGUCCAACCGCCUCUCCGGGCCAAUUCCGCCGCAAUUGGCGCUCUGCGCCUACUUAAACGUCAUCGAUCUCCACGAUAACCAGCUGUCGGGCCCGAUUCCGCAGCAGCUAGGGCUGUUGGUCAGGCUGUCGGUUUUCGACGUGUCGAAUAACAAACUUUCCGGGCCGAUACCGCCGUCGCUGGGGAACCGGAGCAGGAAUCUGGCCCGGUUCAAUUCGAGCUCGUACGAAGGGAAUAAGGGGUUGUACGGGUACCCUCUGGCCCCCAUGAAGAAUAAUAAAGGGCUAUCGGUUCUGGCGAUAGUCGGAAUCGGGCUGGGCAGUGGGUUCGUGAGCCUGGUAAUCAGCUUCGCCGCCGUCUGUGUUUGGUUGAGAUUGACGGAGCAGAAAUUGGACGACGACGAAGGCAAGAUCAGUCAACUUAUGCCUGAUUACUGAUUACUGAUUAUAUAAUAAUAUAAUGUAGAGAGGUAUUAUUUUUUAUUUUUUAUUUUCGCCGAUUCUGAUUCAAAAAAAUCGAUUUAAAAACAAGCUUUUGCACUCUAAUUUGGAAAUUUCUAAUUUUUUUUCUGAAUUCUAUGAGCUUAAAUAGAAAAUAAUUUUUCCAGUAAAAAAAAUAUAUAUCGAGAGUGUUAAUUUUGA